CCGUCAAGCAAUCGGCGCCAACAAAAACAAUAAUCCCCGAGACCCGGGUACAGCCUCCAUCGCCACAAGUUGCAGCGUCAAAACCAAGCCGUGGGCGAUCACGCACUCCGCUUGAGACCCGCUCUCCAAUCGCGGGACUCUUUGAACUCCUUCCAACAAAAUACACAGCAGCCCGCAUCUUCACCAUGGUAUCCCUGGCCGCGGCCGUCUUCUCUCUCGUUGCAUACACCGAUCUUUCCUCCCUACGCAGACCAGUUCAAUACGUCCCCAUGAACGACACCAACAUGGUCGAAAUAUCGAGCCUCACCGACCAGCUUUCCCGCCUGGGCGUGCAGGUUUCAUCACUCGCAAAAGACGUGAAGCAGGUCAAAUCCGACGUGCGCGCUGCGCCCACCACCGUCAUAGAAGCGCCGGCCAGAAGACCAUUCGAAGCUCCAGUCGUCCGGAAGACCAACUUCCUAACUCGAGGCCUCCGUGUGGUUAUCGAUCCCUACUUCUCCAGCCCAACCAUCGAGUCCAACCUUACCGUCUCCCAAACCUGGUUCUACAGAGUGAGAAAAUUAUGGACCUCGGACCCCGGACCUCAAAUGCCACAGCCUCAUCUCGCCGCUCUCUCCUCCUGGGAGGACUUCGGCGACUCGUGGUGCGGCGCCCCCCACUUCCACAGCGGCAUGACCCAGUUAUCUGUCGUCCUCGGCCACGAUAUCGUCCCCGAAGAAGUCGUCGUUGAACACAUGCCCAAGCACGCCACACUCUCCCCCGAAGUCGCCCCCAGGGACAUGGAACUCUGGGCCCAAUUCAAGCUCGUCGAUCUCGAUCCCCCCCCAAAAGGCAUCCACGGCCGCGCCCUCGCCUUCCUCGCCCGUGCCAAAAUCUUCCCCUCCUCCGAGCGGUUCUCCAUCCACGAAGCCAUCAUGCACGCCCUCCGAUACGCAUUCCCCCAUGAUCCGGAGAGCGCGUACUCCAAUGACCCGUUCCUGCCCCCGACCUUCUACCGCGUCGGCAAAUGGACCUACGAUCUUGAUGGCGCGCACCACGUCCAGCGCUUUGUCCUGGAUGCUGUUAUCGAUGACCCGAAAUUGAGGGUCAAUCAUGUCGUCUUCAGGGUUACUUCAAACUAUGGCGGACCGCAUACUUGUCUCUAUCGGGUGAAGCUUUUCGGGCAUAAGUAGACUUGCCCCCUUCUUCUUUUCUUCGUCUUUCUAUAUGCUAUGCUAUCAUGGUCUCCAUUCUGGGUCGGGUUCAUGGCGUUAUGCUGGCUUACUUGGCGUCGCAGGCGUGGAAUGGAUGGACGGGUAUUUUUUUUGCAUCGGGGUUACCUGCUUCAUACGUUCAUCUGUCAAUCUGCUUCCUUUCUUGUUCUCUUUUCCCUGCCUUCUCCUUCUUUCUUUCCUUGUUUAUGGGGAUCAAUUUUUUUCUCUUUCCCCUUUUAUUUGCGCUGCAGUUCAGCGUUCUUCGCGCUUGUCUUUUAAGAUACCAG